AUGGACAACUCCACAUUAGAGCAUGUCCGCGGGGUUUGGGAGCGCGCCAAGGACGCCAGCGCCAUCUAUCGCCUUGUUCUUUCGGGCGUUGAGAUUGUCGGCGCCACGCACGGCCACUUCCAGGCUCGACUCAAGCUUACCGCGGAUCAUGUCAACUCCCGCGGCACCAUCCAUGGAGCUGUCUCUGCAGCUAUCAUUGAUUGGGCUGGCGGCAUGGCCAUAGCCACCCGCGGAUUUGAGAAAACAGGAGCCAGCGUGGAUAUCCAUGUCACAUAUCUUUCGACUGCUAUGGUGGGGGAAACCUUGGAUAUCUUUGCUGAUGCGGAUCGAGUGGGCAAGACCAUGGCCUUUACAACCAUCAGAAUUUCGAAGGUCGUCGAUGGUGAAGUCGGCCCUCUGGUCUCAAAGGGCUCGCAUACAAAGUUCCUACCCAUCGCAAAAGAGCACCAAAAGCCACGUACCGAGGCUGCUUAA